CGUUGUCCGCCAUAUUUACUGUUUGGCUUGCCGCCGUCGUGUUGUUGUUACCGCAGCGAUACCACUAUCCGACCGUUUAGACUCGCGGUCGGUGCGCUGAACAAUAAAAAAAUUGUUAAUAUCGCACAAUUUAUGGCCGCCGUACUCCGUGAUAGGAUUCAACCGUUCAUAUAUUCUUCGUACACCUUUUUAAUCAAACAACGCCUAACGAUUGAGUUUAUCGGCCGAAACCACAACAAUAAUGAACGAACCCAGUAUAAUGCUGGAAGACCGCCGCGACGACGAUCUGGAGGCAUUGCGGGAAUGCAGUGCCAACGAUUAUUGUAGGCUGUGUGCUAGCAUCGCUGAUCGUAUGGUACCAAUUUAUGUCGACGAAGGUGCGGAUCAUAGACUGGAAAAUAAAAUCCAAACUCACCUUCCGUUUCUCAAUGUACAAAAAAAUGAUUCACUACCUCAAAGGAUAUGCUACCAUUGUGCGUCGGCGCUGCUUGUAUGGGACGAAUUGUACGAAAGUAGUACGGACGCAGAUCAAAAAUUAAGAAGCAUGUUUGAAGUGAAUGUCUCUUUUGAUCAAAACGUUUGCAAGGUGACUAUUGAAGAACAUGAUGAAAGUAUGUCAGCUGUAGAUAAAAGUGCAAUGGCCGACGAUCACGAUGUUUUCGCGAACGAUGGAAGUAACGUUUAUCUCAAUUCGGCGGCAACGGAGGAAACGACCGGCGACGAUGAAGUUGCCAGUUACCAACAACUUGAGGACCUGCCGACGGUGGAAGAGAACGAUGACGAUCCCUCUGCGAUAAUACCCAAAGAAGAGUACAUAGAACACCAUGAACACGUGGACAACAGCGAUUGCGCCGGCGGCGGUGGCGAAAACGACGAUGAGGACGAAGACAAUGACGACGACGACGAGUGCGACGGUGUAAACGUGCGCAUGUACCUGGAAGGCGUUAGUGGUGACGACGGCGAAGACGGCAACGGCGGUGAGCUACAGGAGCAGCGACCACCGCAAGAAACCAUGUGCCAGAUAUGCGCUACUGUGUUCAAAACGCGGUACAAUUUACUACGACACUUCCAGAAACGACAUCCCGAGUACAAGAUGUACGAGUGCGAUCUGUGCCGCAUCAGUUUCCCGUCCAUCGACGAGUUCAAAGAACACCUGGAAGACAAACACUCCCGGGUACAUUCCGGAGGCGGUGGCGGCGGCCAGCACGAGGUGUCCGCCGUGGUGGCCGCCUCCGCGGUCGACUCCAAGCAGAUACGGUUCGCGUGCGACGUGUGCGGCAACAUGUACAAGAACAAGGCGUCGGCCAUGAAUCACCUGCUGACGCACACGGCCAAGAAGAACGUGUGGUGUCAGCUGUGCGACUUCUCGUGCUACACCAAGCAGCAGCUGGCCGUCCACCAGACCAAACACGACAAGCGGUUCGUGUGCGACAUAUGCAACAAGCGGUUCGCGCAAAAGUCCCAGCUGGACGUGCACGUCAAAGCCGUACACUACAACGAGCGGCCGUACUCGUGCGUGCUGUGCAAGAAGUCGUUCAAGACGAAGGGCUCGCACGAUGCGCACAUGAUCGUGCACACGGACACGCGUAACUACCAGUGUCCGCACUGCGACAAGAAAUGCCGGAAACGGUACGAUCUGACGCUACACAUCAGAACGCACACGGGCGAGAAGCCGUUCAAGUGCAGCGUGUGCGGCCGCGGCUUUGUGCAGAUGUGCGACACCAGAAAGCACGAAAUGCUGCACUUCAAGCCGGGCAGGCGGAAACCGCAGUUUUACCCGAACGCCAUCCAAACGGCCGCCGUGGUGAACGUCAUGGACGACGACGAAUGAACCGUCUAGUCUGCCGCGCCCUCUUUCCAUUCCACUCUAGCGACAACCGCUGUCGCCGCCGCCGAUUAGCGGAACCCAAUGGCGACGCAAACAUCCCUCGCCCUAGUUCCUUCCACACUAUCCUCACUCACUUCUUCGCUGACGGCGUAGUCCAACGACUUUUUUUUUAUAUUUAUUAUUUUAAGUAUUCACUGUACGUAUUUUUGUGUAUAUGUAAAAUGUAUUAUAUAUAUUGUUGUUUUUGGCUAAAACUCAAAUUGUACGUUUUGAUUUCGCCAAGCAUUAUAUAUAUAUAUAUAAUAUUAUAGCAAUAUGUAUAUAAUACGAUUGAACAAUAUUGUGUAUAUAUAUAUUUAUAUAAUAUGUAUUUGUUUACAUAAUAUUUUUUUCAAUCGUAUUUAUACUAAAAUUUCAACGGAGUUGUUACAAAGGGUCGGAAAAACUCCUAUAAAGCGCUAUUUGGUCGUGUGCAUUUCGCCGAGUAGGUUCUGCUCGAUCGCGUCAAGUAUCAAUACAAAUGAUUUUUCGGAUUUUUCUGCAGUUUAGAAUAUUAUUUGGACGUCUCUCAGUCGGUUGUCCUCGACGGCCGGCUUGACUAAAAAAUAUCGUUACAACGUAUCCAUUCGAAUUUGAAUAACUGGUGGCCAUUAAGUCGGAUUCGACGGUUCGUUUGUCCGGAUCGCACAUUAUUUGUUUUGGUGGUCUGUAUUUUUUUCGUUGUCGUUUAUGGAAAUAUUCUAAUCAUACGUGAUGUUAUUAUUAUGCAUCCACUGGAUACACAUACAUUGUACAACAGCCGCGAAGGUCGUUCACUGUAAUUGGCGAUUUGAUCUGAUAACAUAAUUCGACACGAUGGCACGGCGCGAAUAUAAACGCGGUAUUAUUUCAAUGAUGAUCGAUGAUCGAUACAUAGGAACAAUUGAUAAACAUAUUUUGUUUUGUGCUUUCGUUGGACGCUAGAAGGUUUCUCCAAAAUGGGGUUUUUCAUUAGCUGACUGUAAAGCGCGCUUUCCACGUGACUGGCUUUCGACGAGCUCCGGUUUGUUGGCAAAUGCAUAGGUGUUAUAGAAAGCGAACAAAUAAUGUGAAAGUUGUCGGCGAUUGGCUUAAUAUCUCAUUCAUUGUUUCCGUCGACUACUAAAAGAACCGUUCACAAAAAUUAACAAAGGCUUCGGAUUUUAUAAAUUAGUCCUUGAAUUAUUUAACUUUUUUAGUUUCCUAGUUAAUUGUAAAAAACAAAUGUUUUCGCGUACCCUAUCGUCUAUUAGAUUCCUAAGUACCUUGACAGAAUUCGAAUUUAUUAUAAUAUUCUUUUUUAACGAUGACAAUAUUUUUUAAAAUUUCAUAAAACAUUCUCUAACCGAGUGAAUUUGUGUAUUGUGUUUAACGAGCCAAUAAAGCAAGACGCGACUUAUAAUUAUAUAAUAUGCAAAUUACAGCUAUAAUAUUAUGCCGUUCACUCGCGUGAUUAGAAUGAACAAAUUUUAGACUGGUCGUGGCUUUUUUUUAUACUGCACGGCACAUCCGUUUUGCAAUUUAAAUAAUAAAACCAGAAAUUAUGUAUUCAAUCUGUCGGUUACACUUGAUAUAUUCUAUUGCAUUAUACUACUAGAAUUUAUUGAUAUUAUUAUAAUCCCAGUGUUUUUUUAUACAAUAUAAAAUUUCGUUAUUUUAUAUUUAAAAGUAACACUUUUUUAUAUGGCAAGCGAGAUUCUAAAUGGACGGAUGUAGAAAUGCAAAAGUUCCCCGUGGCUUCUGUACCUACGUAUCGGGUUUUUUUCGAUAAAAAAUAUAAUAUUUAUAAUGUACUUGUUGUAGCGAGGGUUUUGCGGAUUUUCGUACUUAAAACUUAUAUUGUUUUUUUUUAGAGUUCUCGUUGGUAUUUAAUGUUUGCAGUAUAUUCACGUUCACGCUCGUGGACAAUAAUUAUGCUUUUAUUUCAUAUUGGCCAAAAAAAAGAAGAAAAGUGAACAAUAAAACAGCAUAGUUCGACUCUGAUCAAGUAGUAGUAGGCUAUAAUUAUUAGAAAACAAAAAUGAAAAAUACAGUAAUUAUAUAGUAUACUGAUCUCAACAUUUAUUAAUUGUACAUAUUGAAAAUAUUGCAUUGUAUAAAAUAAAAUAUCUAAAAAAAAUAUAAUUAUAAUUCGUAAUCGAUGAAUGUGGCGUGAUUUGUUUGAUUUUGUAUUUGUUUAAUUUAACAACAUUUUUUGUUUUGCACGAAUGAG